AUGGGACAAAAGUUGGUUUACAUGGACUUCUUUGUUAUUCACCUUCCACCUUCUUUUUUUGCUAGGCAGAUUCCCAAUGACGUGCUCUGGGUGUUGGACUCGAGACAUGACAUGUACUGUGGCAUAUUUGACGCUACAGGCGAGCAAUUCUUCAGUGCAUCGCAAGUAAACCUUGUGAAUCUGGAUGACGAGACCUCACAGAUUCGAGUGUUUCAUCUCGCGAACGACAUGGGUGCCAAUGAUGUCUUUUCUCUCUCCUUUUGCGGUGUUGACUCCACCAAACUUAUUUGUGGACGCAAUCGCGGUCGUCUGACUCUAUGCAACCUUGAAACGGGCACUUGUGAGGAAUUGGACGCAAGCCCACGACCCGGAGCCGACAUCAAUGCGGUGGCUACGCUAGACGACUCUGGCGAUACCUUUGUGACGGGUGGCGACGACACCUGUAUUCGUGUUCGUUUGUGUCUCUCCUUUCUCCUCUCGCCCCCUUCCGCUCGUCUGAUUAUAUUAACCAGCCAACGAGUUUCCUCCAGUAUUUGUCAUGCGGUGACGAGUCGUUACUGUUUGAUGCAAAUUUAG